ACCCGAAGCCCUGGGGGAAGGAAAUUCCAACUCGCUGCCGGCCCACCCCCGCCCCGUUCCUCUCUCCGGCUCGCUGCUUCCCUCGCUCCGAUGCCGCCGAGCUCGUCCCCACUUCUGGGCGGCAGUGCUGCAGAGGCGGCGGCGAGCUCCUGGACUCCGGGCACGGAAAUGGGGCAGGGUGAGUGAGAGAGCGGGCUCCAGCGAGGCCCCCAGCGCCCAGCGAACGCCCGCACCCCGCCCGCGGGACAGGGGAGGCGCUGAGUCGGCCCUGCCCGCGCUGGGCUGAGCCUCGCAGGGGUUGCCGCUUCUCCAUUCAAGUCCUGGCUUGAGAGCCGAGCGGCAAGAGCGCGGGCCGGGGGAGGGAAGAGUAGGAGAGGAAGCCGCGAGGGAGAACAGGCGAGCUACUGUCUCCUUUGGGAAAGAACCAGUGACGCGCCGCCUGGGAGCUGGAGCCCGCGCAGCGCCCCGCAGGGCGAUGGACAGCCGAACCCCGCGCCCGCAGGACGCCCCAGUCGGGAGAAAACCAAAAGCCAAGGCACCACUUCCUCCAGCUGAGACCAAAUAUGCUGAUGUCUCUUCAGCUGCUGAUUCUGUAGAAUCCACUGCUUUCAUCAUGGAACAGAAAGAAAACAUGAUAGAUAAAGACAUUGAACUCUCAGUGGUCCUACCUGGGGAUAUUAUCAAAUCUACUACUGUUCAUGGCAGUAAGCCUAUGAUGGACUUGUUGAUAUUCCUUUGUGCACAGUAUCACUUAAAUCCAUCAAGUUACACAAUCGAUCUGUUGUCAGCUGAACAGAACCACAUUAAAUUUAAACCAAACACACCAAUAGGAAUGUUGGAGGUAGAGAAGGUAAUUUUAAAGCCAAAAAUGUUGGAUAAGAAAAAACCUACACCUAUAAUACCAGAGAAAACUGUAAGAGUAGUGAUUAAUUUUAAGAAAACACAGAAGACCAUAGUGAGAGUGAGUCCACACGCACCACUUCAAGAGCUUGCCCCUGUUAUAUGUAGCAAAUGUGAGUUUGAUCCGUUGCAUACAGUACUGUUGAAAGAUUAUCAAUCGCAGGAGCCCCUCGACUUGACAAAAUCUCUUAAUGACCUGGGACUAAGAGAAUUAUAUGCAAUGGAUGUCAACAGAGCCACUUCCGUUACUGUCUUCAGUAAGUCAUCUUUACAAGAGUCCUGCCAAAUAUCACAAAACCUAGAUAUUAUGAAGGAGAAAGAAAAUAAAGGGUUUUUCAGUUUUUUUCAACGCAGUAAGAAAAAGCGGGACCAAACUGCCAGUGCCCCUGCAACUCCUUUAGUAAAUAAGCACCGCCCGACUUUUACGAGGUCCAAUACCAUUUCCAAACCAUAUAUUUCCAACACCCUGCCAUCGGAUGCACCCAAGAAGAGGCGGGCUCCACUGCCUCCGAUGCCAGUGUCUCAGAGUGUCCCCCAAGACCUUGCACACAUCCAAGAGAGGCCUGCUUCUUGUAUAAUGAAAUCCAUGAGCGUGGAUGAGACAGAUAAGAGUCCCUGUGAAGCAGGAAGAGUGAGGGCAGACUCACUGCAGCUCAGCAGCACAUCUGCAGGGAAUUCAUCUUUGAGAAGGACAAAGCGAAAAGCACCUUCCCCACCCUCCAAAAUACCCCUGCAUCAAAGUGAUGAAAAUAGUUGCGUGACUGCCUUACAGCCAGUAGAUGGAGUUCCUCCAGACAGUGCUUCAGAAGCAAACUCUCCUGAGGAGCUAUCCAGCCCAGAAACCUCCUUUGGCCCUGGGCUCUCCAGUCAGGAGCAGUGCACUGCGCCCAAGCUGAUGGAGGAAACCUCUGUCUUUGAGUGCCCUGAAACACCUGAGGCAGCCAUAACAUCAUUGACAUCUGGAAUAAGCUCUGAUUAUAGCCUUGAAGAGAUAGAUGAAAAGGAAGAACUGAGUGAAGUACCUAAAGUUGAAGCUGAAAAUAUUUCUCCGAAGUCACAAGAUAUUCCUUUUGUAUCUACUGAUAUAAUAAAUACACUGAAAAAUGAUCCCGACUCAGCCCUUGGCAAUGAUAGUGGAGAGUUCUCACAAAACUCCAUGGAAGAAAAACAAGAAACUAGAAGCACAGAUGGACAAGAACCACACAGUGAGGUAUAUGAUACAAGCAAUGAAAAGAAGGUAGUUGACAGUAUAAGAAACUUGAAGUCGUUGGGCCAAAACCAAGAGAAUGUACAAAAUGAAAUAAUUGUCUUUCCAAAGAACACAGAAGACAAUAUGAAAAAUGGAGUGAAGGAAACAGAAAUCGAUGUAGGAGGCGUUGCCAAAAAUAAUGACAUUGAUAUGGAAGUUGAGAGACCAUCAAACUCUCAGGCACAUGAAACUGAUACUGCUAUAAGUUACAAGGAAAACCAUCUAGCAGCUUCAUCAGUACCAGAUCAAAAACUGAAUCAACCUAGUGCAGAAAAGACAAAAAUGCAAGAUGCAGCAAUUCAGACAACCCCUUCUUGUAACAGUUUUGAUGGGAAACACCAAGAUCAUAAUUUGUCUGACUCCAAAGUUGAAGAAAGUGUGCAAACUUCAAAUAACAACAUAUCAACUCAACACUCAUCCUUAAGUUCACAAGAUUCUGUAGAUACCUCAAGGGAAUUCAGGAGUCAAGGCACCCUAAUUAUACAUUCAGAAGAUCCGCUUACCCUAAAAGAUCCAAUUUGUGCACAUGGUAAUGAUGAUCUUUUGCCUCCUAUAGAUAGAAUUGAUAAAAAUUCAACUGCUUCUUACCUAAAGAAUUAUCCACUUUAUAGACAGGACUACAAUCCCAAGCCAAAACCUUCAAAUGAAAUUACACGAGAGUAUAUACCCAAAAUUGGAAUGACUACUUAUAAAAUAGUGCCUCCCAAAUCCUUGGAAAUACUGACAGACUGGCAGUCAGAAACCACAGGGUAUAAAGAUGAUCAGGACAUACAUGCUUUAGGGAAAAAGCACACUCAUGAGAAUGUGAAAGAAACUGCCAUCCAAACAGAAGAUUCGGCUAUUUCUGAAAGCCCAAAAGGUCCACUGCCAGACCUUAAACCGAAGCUGAACCUGAGAACAGAGCAUCAAGUGCACAGUUCUGUGAGCCCACCUGAUGGAGCCAUGGUUAGUCCUCUGAAACCUGCUCCCAAAAUGACAAGAGACACUGGCACAGUUCCUUUUGCACCAAAUUUGGAAGACAUAAACAAUAUUUUGGAAUCAAAAUUUAAAUCUCGGGCUUCUAAUCCCCAGGCCAAACCCAGUUCUUUUUUUUUACAGAUGCAGAAGAGAGUAUCGGGUCACUAUGUGACAUCUGCAGCUGCCAAGAGUGUCCAUGCUGCCCCUAAUCCUGCUCCAAAAGAACUGACAAAUCGAGAGGCAGAAAGGGAUAUGCUGCCUUCUCCAGAGCAGACUCUUUCUCCCUUAAAUAAAACGCCUCACUCUGUUCCACAACCCCUUGUUGAAAAAACUGAUGAUGAUGUCAUCGGUCAGAAGCCUGCUGAAGCCUCUCCUCCUCCCAUAGCUCCGAAACCUGCGGCAAUUCCUGCUCGUCAGGUAUCCACACAAAAUCUGAAGACUCUGAAAACUUUUGGUGCCCCACGACCAUACUCCAGUUCUGGUCCUUCACCGUUUGCUCUCGCUGUAGUGAAAAGGUCACAGUCUUUCAGUAAAGAGCGCACCAAGUCAUCUAGUGCUGGGGCAUCGGUCCAACCUCCAGCCAACACAGAGGAAGGGAAGACUCAUUCUGUAAAUACAUUUGUGGACAUCCCACAACUUGGUGUGUCUGAUAAGGAAAAUAACUCUGCGCAUAAUGAACAGAAUUCCCAAAUACCAACUCCAACUGAUUGCCCAUCAUUCACUCUUAUGAGACAAAGUUCUUUAACAUUCCAAAGCUCUGACCCAGAACAGAUGCGACAGAGUUUGCUGACUGCAAUCCGUUCAGGAGAGGCUGCUGCCAAAUUGAAAAGGGUUACCAUUCCAUCAAAUACAAUAUCUGUGAAUGGAAGGUCAAGACUCAGCCAUUCCAUGUCCCCUGAUGCCCAAGAUGACCGUUAAAUGUUACCCCGCCACGCCACUGCACUUCACUUCCACUUCAGACCAACUUCAUACUAAUGGAACAUUUUGGCAAAUGUAUAUUCAGAUGUAUACUAAUAUAUUAUCUGUUAAAAUAUUAGCAUUUGUGCUAUGGCUUUUAAUGCCAGAAGAAAAGUUACCAGAAUUUAUAAUUUAUAAUAAUUUUUUAAUCUUUUUUUUUUUUUUUGCCUUAAGAGUUGAAUAUGCUGCUUUAGAACUUUAAAACAAGGUGUAAAUGAUUUUCAUUUUUUACAAAUGAAAAAUAAUCACUUUGUAUUGAUUUCACUUACCAGCACAUUCUCUACAAUGGUAACUUAGACAAAAGUAUAAGAUUCAUAGACUUAUAUUUGUAUGACAUACAACUAGGACAAACAUAGAUAUGACAUUUGCUGCCUCAAUGUUGCAAUUGGAAAUAUUUAUAAGUUAUAUGAAAGCCUGUUUUGUGCUGAAAGAAUAAUUUAGAAAACUAGUGAUAUCAAAUAAGUAUAUUCAGUUCAAUAAUUGUUUUCAAUGAUGAAUCACUUAGUGUGAAAGACUUGCCUUGUGUAUUCUUUGUGUAAUUACAAAUCACUGUCAAUUUUAUGGCAAGCUCAUAGUAUUUUAAUAUUUUAUUAACAUGGAACUCUUGUUUUUUAAUCUUUAGAACUUAAAUUCUACAAGAAUUUAAAAUAUUUUCUGUAUAUAAUUAUGACAUUGUCACACAGAAAUUACACAUUUUAUGUGCCAGAAGCCUUAAAACUCUUUCUGUGAAAAUGCUGAUAUAUUGUGACAGUUAUUUCACAUUUGAUAUGUAGAGAGGAAUAGGGGUUAGUUUAUGUUUAUAUUGAAAAACUUUAAAGACUAUUUGGAAGUUCCAGAAAUUCUGGUUUUAAUUCAAGUAAAAUGAUAAAAUAGUAUUAUAUAGUUCAGAUGCUAAUAUCCUAAGUAAUAAUAUAUAUUUACAUUGAAGCUAAAACUGUUAAGCAAAACAAUGCCAAUUUGUCGGCUUACAGCUCUUCUGGAGUCUAGAGCUUGUUGGUGUUCUGUCCCUACUUUAAGAAUUUAAUUGCUCACUUAUUCUAAAAGCUUUGUUCAAACAAGAUGAUAUUAAAUUUGUUUUCACUAAAACUACUGGGAUAUCUGCCUCUUGGGGAUUUUUUUUUCUAUUUAAUAAAAGUAAGUUGUAUAUUUGGGGUGCUUUUUAAAAAAUAUAGUUUCUGUCAACCAGAAUAUUUAUUUCCCUUACCUGAUGCAUACAUUUCUAUUAGCCAGUGAACAAACAAGAAAUUCGUAAAAUUUACCAUUUAUCAGGGAUCCCUAGUGUACAUUUAAGCCCUGGCAUUCUGACUCCAAAAUGCAUGGUCUAAGCAUGUAAAAUGUUUAGAAUAGUUCCUGAUACAUGGCAUGGCCAUCUGAAAUGCUAAAUGUUGCUGCUGUUUUCCUUGAAUCAGAUGGAGAGACCCUCAUAUAUAGAUACUUAAGUUAUGUUGUUAUAAGCAAGUAGAGAAGAGUGAAUUUUUUAAAAAAUUGUGUUGGCAUAAAUAUCUACUAGUAAACAUAUAAAUUUGGAUCCCUAAUUUAAACCGUCAUAUAUUUGAGUUGGAUUGAAGACUUAACUAAAAGAUAAGCGACAUGUAGGAUGUUUUCAAUAUAUUAAUAUAUAAGAAAGUCUUAAUUUAUGAAGAUAUAAAAGUUCCUACAAGUCAUGAUAAGUCUACCUAAUAGAAAUAUCAGCACAUUAUUCUUACAAGAGGGAAUUCAAAAGGCCAACAAACAUGGAAAAAAAAUACCCUUCACUGAUAAUCAGGGAAAUACAAGUUAAAAACAUGGAAAGGUACCAUAUCAAAUUAGCAAAAACAUAAGUUUCAAAAUAGCAAGUGUUGUCAGGAACAUCAAACAGUGGGAACUCUAACUGUUGGUGGGAAAAUACACUGGCUUGACUACCAGUUCUGCAAUAUCUAGUCAAAUUAAAGAUUCCCUACCAUGUUACCUUAAAUAAGUACUUACGCACAUGCAUAAGGAGACAUCUACGAAAAUGUUCGUGGCAGCCUUGUGUAAAACAGCAGAAAGGGGUCCUAACCCAUGCUCAACUUUGAUAAUGCAUAUAUUCAUGUGAUAGACUUCCACACAACAGUCAAAAUGAACAAGUUAGAGCUACGUGUGUCAGUGUGAAUACAUCUCAAAAAUAAGUGACGAGUGAGUGGUGGAACAAGGCGUUUUACGAAAUUAGUUAUAUAAAGUAUAAAUAUAAAAAAGAUACUAUAAAUUAUUGCUGUAUAUGUAGAAAAAAAUAUUUGCUGAUGGUUACUUGCGGGAACCAAGAAAGAUUGAAUUGAGGAGAUUUAUAAGAGGCAUCAAUUGUGUUUGUAGUAUUUUAUAAACUGCUGUUUGAAAACAAGUGCUUAUUCUAGAUUCUAGUAUACUUGUAGUUUAUAAUUAAAAUAAUGUUUUAAAGGUCA